GGCAAAUGUUAGUUCCACAUUCGAGACUGAGCCGCAAUGAAGCCAUUUCUGCUCUUCUGGUUAAUGUGUGGCGCGUGCUCUGUCAGCACCAUGAGUCUGGCAGAUAACUUCUGCGAUCGGCCGCCUGGUGUCGGAGGUAUUUGUCGGAUGCCAUUGCCUUUCUUUACCUAUGAUAAAUCCAAAAACGAAUGCAUCUCGUUCCUCUAUGGCGGCUGUGGAGGCAAUGAAAAUCGUUUUCUUACCAUUGAAGCGUGCACUCAGACCUGCAUGCAAACGAUUUUGUAGAACAAAUAAAAUGAUGGCUUGUCAUUGAGUGUUCUGAAAUCUA